AUGAAUCCUGCGACCAAAGUCAGCACAGUGCUCAUCGUGACCUUGUCUUUUCUCUGUUUGGUAGAGGGUCUGAUCUGUAAUGUCUGUGAAUUUGCAGAAAACUCAAAAUGUAAAAAGGGCAAAGACAGAUGCGUUGCAGACCAUGGUCAGUCAUGUGCUUCCAUAUCAUAUUAUUUUGGAGAUAUACAUUUGUUCUCCAGACAACUGUGCAUGCCCAACUGCACGGAAGAUAAUUACACUCGGAAUGACAAACAUUACUUGAUGUGCUGUAACACAAACUUGUGUAACACUUUCUAG